AUGGCCGGUGGCUUCCAUCCUCCGCCCGCCGUCAUGGCGUCCUGGCCACGGCCCAACUACGUCAACCCGCCCACCAGGGGCGAAGGUGUGAUGAUCGUGGCCCUGGUGCUGGGCGUCCUCAUGCUCAUUUUCGUCUCCCUGCGCGUGUGGGUGCGCUUCCGCGUGCAGCGCGAGCCCGGCGUGGACGACUACAUUGUCCUGGCCGCCGUGGUGCGUGACCCCCGAUAUAUCGCCUUUCAGCAUGCAACUAUGUUCUGGUCUAACGGUGGUGUGUGCCUUCUAGUUGCCGGCCAUUGGCCUCAUUACUACUCUCUGCCUGAUCAGCCCUUUACACCUAGGGUAUCGUCAUAUUUGGGACACGCCCCUGAAGAAUUUCGUCCCGAUUCAAAGGCUGAAUUGGAUUUCACAACUUUUGUAUGCAUAUCCCUGUCCUGCUCACAAGCGGAUAGCACCGUGCUGAUACAUCUUUUUUUUUUGUCAACCAGCUUCCUCCUUAGUAACAUUUUAACGAAAAUCUCUAUUCUCGUACUAUACUUGCGAGUUAUCAAAGGCACAGCAAACAAAAUCUUCCUGCAUGUCGUCCGCGUGGCCAUCGCCAUCCUCGUCCUGUAUGGAGUCUCGGGCGUCGUCCUGCUGUGCCUCAUGUGCCAGCCCCUCGACGCAUACUGGCUCCAGUUCGACCUCCUCCACCCACCCAAGGGCUACACGUGCUGGGAUGAGAGCAUCCUGCCGAUGUAUGCCGUCUUCUUCAACCUGUGCACCGACCUGAUGACGACGAUCCUGCCCAUGUUCUUGUUCAAGCAGCUGAAGAUGCCCACCAGAGAAAAGCUGUCCCUGGCCGCGGUGUUUGGAGUGGGGUUCAUCGUGUGCAUCUCCAGCAUCAUCCGGGCGUACUACUACCAUUACGUCUUUUUCAAAACAUACGACAUUACCUGGCUUGCGUAUGACGUCUGGAUGUGGACCGUGGUCGAAUGCCACCUUGGAAUCAUCGUCGCGUGCGCACCGCCGCUGCGACCCCUGUUCAAACGCUUCCUGCAAACCGCCAUCUACGGCAGCUACGGCGACCACAGCUUUGGCAGCCGCGCGAAAAACAGCAAGAUCCGCGACGAGGAGCACGACGGCAGCCACUCGUACGCGCUCAAGGAGGGCAUGCGCCGUGGCAAGUCCACCGAGUGGGAUAAGGACAGCAACUCCAGCUCGAUGCCGCUCGAGAGACCCGCCGGCAGCGCCGGCGUCACUGCCAACAACACCAACAGUAAAAACAACAGCAGCGUCCACCACAAUGGCAUCCUGCGCACGGACAACUUUGAAAUCUCCUACAAUCAGAGCCCCACGCCCCAGGAAACUCGCGCCCACGUCUGA